CACAACUCACAAAAUGUUCAGAUCAAACGCCUUCAAAUCCGUUGCUCGUCAAACCCAAUUGAUCGCCAGAAGAACUUACGCUGAUGCUGCUUCUGCCACCGAUGUUUUAAAAUUAUCAUUGGCUUUACCUCACGAAACUUUAUUCUCUUCCUCUGAAGUUACUCAAGUUAAUGUCCCAGGUGUCAAUGGUGAUUUUGGUAUCUUAGCUAACCACGUUCCAAUCAUUGAACAAUUGAGACCAGGUGUUGUUGAAAUUAUUGAAUCUUCAGGUACUACCAAACAAUUUUUCGUUUCAGGUGGUUUCGCUACUGUUCAACCAGGUUCAACUUUAUCAAUCACUGCCAUUGAAGCUUUCGAACCAUCUGCUUUCUCUGCUGAAACUAUCAAAUCACAAUUAGCUGAAGCUCAAAAGAACGUUACAAGUAGUGAUGAAGCCGUUGCUGCUGUUGCCGGUAUUCAAAUUGAAGUUUUAGAAGCUUUACAAUCAGUUGCCAAAUAAGAUAACUAUUAGAAAACAAUCAAUUUGACAAUAAAGAAAAAAAAUAACAAAGAAAAAAAUAAUAUAAACUUAUUCAUUAUAAACAAAAGAUAGAAUGGUGAGAAAUUUUUGAAAAGUUUCAAGUUUUUGUGGAGUUACGAAAAGCAAAAAAAAAACGUUUAAUAUGAAUUUGAAACCAAACUAAGAAGAAGG